AUGCCGGGCGAGGCUGUGCAAACGAGGCCUUCGCACCAUGCAGAACACCAGUACGAGGGCUUCUUGAAGGGGCUGGGCGCUACGUCCCAGGAUGUGAUAUGCAGCAAGAAAGCCUCGCAGUUGAAAAGGCUACAUGAAGCUACUCAUUUUGCAAUCGGAUGUCAGAAGUGGGACGAGGGGAACCGGGGAGCUUCUGUCACUCACACCACUUUCGUGGAUCCAGAGGUUGUCUAUGCCACCAGCGAUGCUCCGGACAAGAACAUGAGUGUCGUUGAACUCAGACAGCAGGCCUUCAAGCCGGAGAUCCACUAUCGCACCGAGCAACGCGACAGGUUUGAAGACCCAGGACCGCAGCCGAAGAAUGACACUCUGGUUCCAGUGGUUUCAGUGCACUUCGGAGAUGACAGGCCAGGCUACUCGCUGCAAUCCCAUUCAGCACAUCGCAAAAUAGCGCAGGAGGAGCACCAGCACCAAAAAGUAUUUCGAGCGGCGGGGUCCGGCGUGCUGAUUCCGACAAGUGCCUGGCCCAAGCCCGUGCGCUGCAAUCCAGUGACUGGUGGACCCAGAAAUGCUGAUGUCUACGACCUGGGUGUGGCAGCGGGAGUUCGGCAUGAUCGCGUCAGCCAAAACAGCUCUACCAUUGUGCACGAGGCUCACGUCCGGAAUCCCAUACAUGGGAUAGCAAUUCCCCUCCACGCCUAUGCCAAUCCGAGAGGAGAGUUGGGAAGGAGUUCGGAGCAAGUAGUGGCAGAAGCCAACCGGAUGGUUCCGGCGCUGCGAUCCUUGGCUGCUGUGCGGCCGCAUUGCUGA